GGCCUGGAAGAGUCAGUCCACCACAGCAGCUCACCAGUUCGAUCAGAAUCGUUUCAACCCUCGUCGGAGCAACAGCAACACUUUUUUGGUACGCUCCCGCUCAGAGUACCACCGGUUUCGGUUUAUUUUUAAAGAGUUUGACCGUUCGGAACGAGACUUGAUUUUUAUUUCUGUUUCAUCGGUUUCCGGUUCAGCAUCCGAAGUGUCGUGAUUGAUCCGGAAGAGCAAAAGUGAAAGUGAGCCAUUGCUAUCAGAACGUGGAUAAGAUACUUGGAUUACGAUCUGGGAAAUAGAUCGAGCGAACAUCAGAAAAAAUAUUUGUGCCUUGUGUUUAUAAAAUGAGGAAGUUGUGAUACUGCGUGAAAUUUAUAAAACGCAAGGAUUGAAGUGAGAUUUGUGCGAAGAGAAGAAACACUGAGUAUAUUUUGACAAAAAUAAAACAUUAAGAAGACAACGUCGUGAACUAAGCUUCAACUGUGGAUCCUAUACUGAAGUACAAAUUUAAAACAAUGGUUACCGGAAUUGGAACGGCAGCCCAACAAGUUGGCACUAUGCCGACCCCCUCGCAGAUUCCAUCGGCCGAACAGCCGGUGGUAAAACGUCCCAGCGACAAUCGAAGAAGUAAUAAACCGAUCAUGGAAAAACGUCGCCGAGCUCGGAUUAACAACUGUUUGAACGAGCUGAAGACCCUUAUUUUGGACGCGAUGAAAAAAGACCCAGCUCGCCAUUCAAAAUUGGAAAAGGCGGAUAUUUUGGAAAUGACAGUGAAGCAUCUUGAAAAUCUUCAGCGACAGCAGAAUGCCAUGUCACAGGCAACUGAUCCGAAUGUUAUGAACAAGUUCAAGGCCGGGUUCAAUGAAUGUGCUCAAGAGGUGAGCAGAUUCCCGGACAUCGAUCCAAUGACUCGUCGUCGUCUGCUCGCCCAUUUGAGUAAUUGCAUCAACGGAGUUAAAUCUGAUCUUCCAAAGUCUCGACAAUCGGCAGUUCAAGUGCACAUUCUUCCAUCGCCGCCAAGCUCGCCGGAACAGGAUCAUCAUCCGCAGCCUCAUCCAGCACAGAUUAAUGCAGUGCAAACCGGCAACGGAGUGUAUUUUACCAACAGCAUCGGAUCUAGCGUUCAGUUGAUCCCAACCAAACUCCCGAACGGAAGCCUUGCCUUCGUUCUGCCACAAGCAAUCCCCGCAGCUACCGCUCCUGUGCCAAUGCUGGUGCCGAUUCCCAGUCGCACAGCCUCCACCGGUUCAGCCGCAUCCAGCCACUCGUCAUCGUCCGCGUACGACCGAGUACCUCAGGAACAUGUCACCUCGCCAUACCAUGCCCCACCUAGUCCUGCCAACUCCAACUACGAACCCAUGGACUGCAAACCUUCGGUCUUCCAGGAGCAACAGCAAUACCUCCACUCGCAGCAGAUGCGAUAUCAGCAGCAACAGCCUCAGUCCCAGUCCAGGGCCUUCAGUCCCGACAGCCCUCUCUCCUUGGUCAUGAAGAAACCAUACCAAGACCAGCACCCAGACGAUGACAAACCGUGGCGGCCAUGGUAAUCUCAUCGUUCGUGUAAUCUGCACCUCGAGUCAUAAAACAAUUAGUACCUUAGCACACCGCCAGUGCAGUGCGACAACAGCCGGAAGUAUACACACACCGCGGCGGCUCGUGUACACGGGCCGCAACGAACCGAUCAGAAGCCGUUGUCGAGCUCACACAAUGUAGUGGCCACCCUUCCGAUUCACGUUCAGCAGCACCCACCGCCGCUGCUGAUUCGCGUAAAUCACCGAGUGCGCUGAAAUAUUUGAAAUAGCACCACCCCCUCACCAGUCGGCACCCUUCCGCUCAGCCGACAACAAUGUAGAGCCUACAUGGAGAGAGAGGGCGGCAGCAGCACGAGAGAACGUGGAGGAGACGAAAUGCGCCAAAGGGUCACGAGUGUCGCACUUGCUUGUCGUUUUCCCACACUCAUUAUACGGGCCCGGCUCUAGCGCUCGAGCUCGUGCAAAGUGUCUACGUUCGUUCGUUUGUGUGUGAAAGACAGUUCGGUUAAGAUCGUGCCAAUUGAACUAGCGAGGAGUGAUCGUGGUGCCGCACUACAAAAUUGUACUCUCGCUACAAAGUGUGUGAUUGAAGCCCCGCGCAAAGCGAGCGAAACUGCGAAGAAGACAAAGAAGGUGCGAGCACCGCCGCGCAACCGUUGAAAGCAAUGAAUAAGAAUACCAACCCCGAGAAGAAGAUUGCGGCACGAGGCAAAAUUUAUUUUUACUUUCAAGAGAAUAAAUUUUAUCACUCUUGGUUCUUGGUCCGCGGCGGUGCUCGGUAGUGAUGGGAAGGUAAUUGUGCGCGCGUGUUUGCUACAAGAAUGCAAUAUCCUAUUCUCUCUCACACUGCGGUUCACGAAACGUGUGCCCCUACUGUGCUCACAACGGUCCAUGCUCGGAGCAGAAAUGACGCGCGAGGAUCGCUAGUCAUUUCCAAUUUUUGAAGAUCACUCACACUCGGUGGUGGUUGCAUCCAACAAAAAACAAACGCAAAUGAAGUAAAACAAAAGGUAGUCUGAACGAAUACCCGCCCAAACUCUACUGAGACUUUGGAGGAAUCCUGUUGCUGUGAAUAAUUUUUAAGGCUUUAGUGUGAUGAUAAUAAGAAAAGUUACAAAAUUGUAUAGAAACAAUCGACGAGUUCAAAACUUUGUUAGGCUAGUAGGCAAAACUGCAGUAAACCCCCUUUAGAAUGUAAACAUUCGUUAACUAUCCUACUGCGCCAGUAGUGCAUAUGUGUGAGUGCGUUUAUUGCUUUAGGAAAUUUGAGGACCGCGAACAAUCAUGUGAUUAGCUUCUUGAAGUUUUAUUUUAAGAUCGCCCCAAUCCACUUUUUGUUCAUUUUCCCGACCUAAAGAUAUCUCCUUUUAUCUUUCUCUCUCUAACUCUGUCCCUAAAUCGCUUACCGCAUCCCAAAACCCGCCAACAUUUCAUUCUCCUGUAAAUAUUAUUUUCGUUUAGGUUCGACACCCAGAACAAAGCGAGCGCGACAAAAAUCACAAAAGUCUUCCAUUAGAUAGCGUACGCGUGUUCGCGGUGGUAAAAAGCCAAUCAGGGAAUCCCGCAAUGCGGCUCCGGUUCGGGAUAACGAUAGGGUUGUCCGGCAGUAGAAUUUUAUGUUAAAAUUUUUAUUUCCACCGGAUUCGUUCGCGGUGCUGUCAGACACAAGUGGCCAAGCGAGUGAGAAAAGCGAAUAAAUUAUUCAUCAAAUCGUGUACAUAGUUUUUUAGAUAUUGAAUGUCACACAUUUCGUUCAUUAUUCGAUUAGGUUUCACUUUUCAAGCCGAAAUGGUGACAAGCAAAGCAAUAGGCAUUAUUAUUUAUACGAAGUGAACACCACUAGACAUUUGAAGAUACUGAAUAAGCAAUCUAGAGGUAUAAUACAAAGAGAAUACGUUAUAAGAGCGCUACAAAGAUAAUCUAUUUUAUAUGAUAGAGAAAAGAUAAAGAUGAAAAUUAUGGAAAAUAUAAAAUAUUUUAUGAAAUUUAAUACAAAA